AUGUCGGACUGGCGGAGCAUACCAUGCAUCGAAAAGCACAAAGAAUUUCUCGAGAAUCUUAUCGCGAUCUUGAUCGACUGCACCUUCGAAAGUGUGUCCCGUGAAAAUCCUGUAUUGAGAUGGAGAGAACCGGGCCAUCUGCAGGACAUUAUAAAUUUCAAUUUGCAGGAGGGGCCUCGUGCUCAAGACAGUCUCCUGGAAAUUGCUACUAAAGUUUUUAAGUAUAGCGUUAAGACAGGACAUCCUUAUUUUAUGAAUCAGUUAUUUUCUGGAUUGGAUCCGUACGGUUUAGCCGGACAAUGGCUAACCGAUGUGUUAAACUGUUCACUCUAUACUUACGAAGUAGCACCGGUUUUGACAUUAAUGGAAAGCACUGUAAUUACAAAAUUAUUAAACAUGUUUUACAAAGAAGAAAAUGGUGCUAGUAUUGGAGACGGUCUCUUCUGUCCAGGAGGUUCCUUCGCUAAUGGUACUGCCAUAAACUUGGCACGAUUUUGGUUUAGAAAGAGGGUUCAAAAUAAUAAAACUAUACCAUCUACGAAUCUGGUACUUUUUACGUCUGAAGAUGCGCAUUACUCAGUCUCAAAGUGGGGAAACGUUUGCGAUGUAGAGAUUAUUCUCGUAAAAACUGAUGAGUAUGGCAGAAUGGAUAUUAACGAUUUGAAAGUUAAUAUACUGGAGGAACAAAAAAAGGGAAAUUAUCCGUUCUGCAUUACUGCUACAGCAGGAACAACGGUUCUGGGCGCGUUCGAUCUUUUGAUUGAGAUUGCGGAUAUUUGUCAAGAAUUCGAUAUGUGGUUGCAUGUAGAUGCAGCCUGGGGAGGCGGUUUGAUAUUUAGUAAAAAGCACAGUGUUCUUUUGAGAGGAAUACAAAGAGCAGAUUCUAUUCUGUUUAAUCCACAUAAAUUGCUGGCUGUUCCUCAACAAUGCUCUCUACUUUUAACUAAACACAAGAAUAUUUUUGAAGAAGCACAUUCUAAACAGGCGCCUUAUCUUUUCCAAAAAGACAAAUUUUAUUCUAGAGAUCUAGAUGUGGGGGACAAGUAUUUGCAAUGCGGACGCAGACCAGACGUGUUGAAAUUCUGGUUUAUGUGGCAGGCUAAGGGUACUUCAGGAUUUGAAAAGCACGUCGAUCAUUUAAUGAGAUUUUCGACUCUUUUCAAAGAAGAAGUUGAGAAAAGAGAUGGCUUUAAAUUAGUGACGGAACCGUGCUUUAUAAAUGUAUGCUUUUGGUUUGUUCCACCGUCUUUAAGAGUACAAAAUACAUUAUAUGAUUACAAGAAACGAUUGAAUGAGGUUGCACCAAAGUUAAAGGAGAAAAUGACCAAAAGGGGUAGUUUAAUGAUCAAUUAUCAACCACUCCAUGAAAAGCCAAAUUUCUUCCGAUUUGUUAUUCAGAAUUCAGGCGUGGAUAUGCAAGAUAUCCUUUACAUCUUCGAUGAAUUAGAGAACCUCGGAGAAUCUAUGUGA